GUCGACCAGUCCGAGAUGGAGACCCCCUCGACCGAGACCCCAGCGCUUCCGAUCACCACCUCCUUGCAAGCCACGGAGAUGGCAUUAGCUGCUCUCCCCAUGCCGGAGAUGUCUGUGAUGGUGCCAACUAAAUUAUCGGAAAUGUCACUGGAAGCGCCGCCCAAACUGGCGGAGAUGGCUUUGGAGAUCCCAGUCGAAACAUUGGUUAUGGAAUCGUCGGCGAAAUCGCCCAAAGAGAAGCGCAAAAACCUCACGGACCAGCAGCGUGUGACGAUCGUUCACUACCUAUUGGCAAAUAGUGCCGGAGGACGACUCAAGCACGGGGACAUGAAGGCUGCUGCUACUCACUUUGGGGUGCAUCGUGCUACGAUUCGUCGGUUGUGGAAGCUGCACACGGCGUCCAGUACGACGGACGGGUUGGCAGGCAACGUCGCCAGUCGGAUCAAGGGUCAUUCGGGACGGAAGCCGAAGGUGCCGGACGAAGAGCUCAAAGUUCGCAUUGCAGCGGUUCCCGCGGAGCGCCGAAUGACUGGGAGAGGACUGUCGACGGCGCUUGGAGUAAGCAACAGUGUGGUGGUGCGGCUGAUCAAGAGCGGCAAGCUGCGACGCCACCCCAAAAAGCUACACUACAUCAUGUGA